UCGCCCGGUUUCGCCGAGUGCGCGGCGCUCCUCCUCCUCCUCCCGCGGAAGAGGCGGGCGCCCGCGUUCGCAGGCUCCUCCCCGCCCCGCCCCUCCCCUGCCCCGCAGCCGCGGGCGGCUACCUUCUGCGCCCGCCGAGAUGGCGCUCGACCCCGCAGAUCAGCAUCUCAGACACGUUGAAAAGGAUGUUUUGAUUCCUAAAAUAAUGAGAGAAAAGGCCAGAGAGAGGUGUUCUGAACAAGUUCAAGAUUUUACCAAAUGUUGCAAAGACUCUGGAAUCCUAAUGGUAGUAAAGUGUCGGAAAGAAAAUUCUGCAUUGAAAGAAUGCUUAACUGCUUACUAUAAUGAUCCAGCAUUUUAUGAAGAAUGUAAAAUGGAAUACCUGAAAGAAAGGGAAGAUUUCCGAAGAACUGGAAUUCCUAGCAAGAAAAGACUACAGAAACUUCCUACAAGCAUGUAGGCAAAUAUUCGGAUGU